UGUAAAAGGGUUAGCCAUGUUCUCAUCCACCAUGGUUCCGAAACGGAAUAACAUUCCAAAACUGAGCUCAGUUAGAGCUUCUGUUCACGGAAAAGACGUAGCUGAUACCGUGACUCAACUUAAUGGGAGCUACAUGCGAGGACGCAAAUUAGCUGUUUGGGUGACUGCCAAACCGGAAAUACCUAUACGCCUCAUUCGCCGCCGCGUCAAUUUCAGUAAACCUAUUCCUCCUCUCCAAGAUCCUUCUGCCAUGGAUGCAGCCAUUCCAAAAAGCAGAAGUGAAACCUCCAUGGCCCCAUCUGAAUCUGCUAAGAAGAAUGAGAAGAUAAGUGAGGAAGCUACAGUGGAGAGUAAAGCCUUUUCUAGUAGUGUUGAGAAGCAAACGCCUGACCUAGAUGGCCUCAUUGUUGAAGAGUUAUGCAUGGGUAACCCCAACGGCAAGAAAGCUGAGCCUGGCAAAAGGGUAAGUGUCCAUUAUACUGGAAAGCUUCAGGGGAAUGGGAAGAUUUUCGAUUCCACCGUUGGAAAAUCACGUUAUAAGUUUCGUCUAGGUGCUGGAAAAGUCAUUAAGGGAUUGGAUGUUGGCGUCAAUGGAAUGCGUGUUGGUGGCAAAAGAAUGCUUACAAUUCCUCCAGCAAUGGGGUAUGGUGCGGAAGGUGCUGGUAGCAUUCCUCCUGACUCUUGGCUGGUCUUUGAUGUCGAGCUGCUUAACGUUAAAUAAAGCUGUCCUCUAAUCCCUCGAGACCUUCCUAAGACUGAAUCCAAUGAUGAGUUUUUUUUAAGAUCGUAUAGUUUUUCCUCUAAAGGUUUCAAAUAUUGUGAGACACACUAAGGCCCAUCAGGCUUCACAAGUGUGUAUUAUUCAUUCCUGUUGUUACAAAACAUAAAACAUAUCUAAAGAA